AUGUACCUAAUCAACAUUGCCCUCGCGAGGGUGGAAUGGAGUCUGGGAGAAUGGUGCAUCCCAGCGGGACUCCACUGGAGGCAGUCGGGUUCCCUGGAGCACUUGGCGCUGCUUUUCACCAUGACCUCACUACACCCUGCGUUCCCUUUUUACCAGAGGGAUACUGUCAGACACCAGUUGGAUAAUGUGGAACUGGUCAUAGAGGAGAGAAUGGAUUGCCACAAACGCAUGAGUUUCCAGCAGAAGCAGCAUGCCCUUCGAAGGGAGGAUCUCAGCCCCAGGAGCCAGUCGGCCUGCUGUAUUCCCAAUCAGCUCCCCAACAGGACAUCAUCCCAGAGAGAAGAAGUUCACAUUGACAAGAUUGUGCUAAAGACGAUAUCUUGGAACCGAGUAAACAGUGAAUACAGUAUUGAGGUCCAGUGGUCUGACUCAACAUGGACCACAGUGACCAAGACUCACCGUGAGCUGGGCGACUUCCUGUACAAGAGGAAAAACACAUCCCCAUCAAUAGAUUAUAGGCCAAGAAUAUACUGGAUUUAAUGUCAGGUGAAAUGAAGUCACACACUCCUUCAUUUGUACAGAGAAGUCUCUAAAUGUUGUCUUAUAAAGGUCAACCCAGAUGCUGUUUUUACUUUCCAAAUGUUUUCAUGUGUUUUCUAGUCACUGAAUGCUCUGUGUGCAUGCUAAUAAAGACUAAUGCUAAUACUGUGAC